GGCGCACGAGAAAGAUGAGGGUUGGGACACAUGAGGCAAAAAAAGGACUGCGGUCCUGGGCCCAAGGCGAAGGAUGGAGGCCUGGGGAAAGAUGCAGAGCCUGAGUAGGAUCCGGAUCCGGAUGCGGUGGGCGACCACCCAGGCAGGGAGUGGGACACGGGCACCGCGAUGGUUCCCUAAAGGUGGGGAAUGGGCGGGAGCCGAGUCCCCCAGUGACGACUUGUUGCCUGUCUUCCCGGCCCCGCCCCGUGCCCCGCCCAAGGCCCCUGGUAGCCAGGGCCGCCCGCGCCCAGGGACUGGAGGGCCGGCCGUGGGCUGUCUUCCGAAGCUGGCGUCCUCGGCGCUUGUCCUCCGCCCUGCGGAGUCGCCUGACCCUCCGUCGCGGCCUGAUGAUGCCGCUGCAGCCGGCAUCAGGAUCUCUAGAUCAGCUUCCACCAUCCUGCAGGCUGGCAAAAAGUGUGGGUCCCGCGCCGUUUCGGUUCCCCGUGUUGUGGUGCUGCUGCAGUGGAGAGGUGACAGACCCGGACCCCUGAGCUCUCAGAACUCUGAGCCCACUGAGAGUUUGACGGCUUACAUUGAUGCAGUUAGAAGAAACAAAUAUCCAGAAGACAGGCCUCCUGAGAGCCAUGAUCCCUGUGGUUGCUACAACUGCACGAAGGCACAGAAGGAAAAGAAAUCUGAGAAUGAGUGGAAUCAGAGCCGCCAGGGUGAGGGGAGCCCCACUUAUACGGAGGAACAGCUGCUUGGGGUGCAGAGGAUCAAAAAGUGCAGAAGUUACUAUGAAAUUCUGGGAGUUCCUCGGAAUGCCAGUGACGAAGAGCUUAAGAAAGCUUAUAGGAAACUUGCUCUGAAGUUUCACCCUGAUAAGAAUUGUGCUCCUGGAGCAACAGAGGCUUUCAAAGCCAUAGGAAACGCCUUUGCAGUCCUGAGCAAUCCUGACAAGAGACUUCGCUAUGAUGAAUACGGAGAUGAGCAGGUUACUUUCACUGCCCCUCAAGCCAGAUCUUAUGAUUAUUACAGAGACUUUGAAGCUGAUAUCACUCCCGAAGAGCUAUUCAACGUCUUCUUUGGAGGACAUUUCCCUACAGGAAAUAUUCAUAUGUUUUCAAAUGUGACAGAUGACACACAAUAUUAUCGCAGGCGGCACCGACACGAGAGAACACAGGCACAGAAGGAAGAAGAAGAAGAAGAGAAACCUCAGACUACAUAUUCUGCAUUUGUUCAAUUACUCCCUGUCCUUGUGAUUGUGAUUAUAUCCGUUAUUACUCAGCUGCUGGCUGCAAAUCCCUCAUAUAGUCUGUUCUAUAAAGCGUCCUUGGGUCAUACCAUUUCUAGAGAAACCCAAAACCUGCAGGUGCCUUACUUUGUGGAUAAGAACUUUGACAAGGCCUACAGAGGAGCUUCUCUGCGAGACCUGGAGAAGACAAUAGAGAAAGAUUACAUCGAUUACAUCCAGACAAACUGCUGGAAGGAGAAACAACAAAAGUCGGAGCUGACAAACUUGGCAGGAUUAUAUAGAGAUGAACGUCUGAAACAAAAAGCAGAGUCACUGAAACUUGAAAACUGUGAAAAACUUUCCAAACUUAUCGGCCUGCGCAGAGGGGGCUGAGACCACCAUGUGCUUAGGCAGGGUUGGGGUUUUGUUACUUGUUACUAUUUAUGUUCCUAAUACCAUUUUAUAAUAUAAAAUUAGGAAACAGUGAACAGUUUA